UAAAUUUUGAAUUUAUUCCGCGGGGUAUUUAACAGCUCUCACUCAUCCAGAGCAGCUUUCAUACAGGGCGUGCACGUUUUCCGCACAGCCACCAUACACCACACUCGACAUUAUAAAUACGUUGCUUUCCUCCACUUACACACUUUCUUCCCUGCUGGCUUCGAUUGCAACACGUCGGGAAAAUGUCGCGAAUAUGUUGUCUACUUCUCCUCCUGACCCACCAAGCAUAUUCAACUGAACAGAUAAAACGGAGUCUCGUCAACUCGCUCGCCGUGCCAGCCGGCUUUCCAGCUCGCCACUCCGUCACAGAACUCCACAACCGCGUACCAAUACCAAUACCCCAGCCUAUACCUAUAUCUGUACCACGCCCUGUACCGUACCCUGUAGGCAUUGGUGUACCUAUCGACCAACCGCGACCGGUACCAGUAGUCGUACCUCACCCAGUAGCCCAUAUUAUACCACGACCAAUAGCAGUACCUAUAGAUAGACCUUUUCCGUACCCGGUAGCGCAUCCUGUGCCAGUGACGAUCACGCAAGGGGUACAUAUACCGGUUCCGCAGCCGUAUGCGGUUGGUGUGCCGGCGGCAGUGCCGGUGCGGGUGCCGCAGCCGGUUCCGGUGGCUUUUAAUCCGGUACAGCAGGUAGUUCAACCGGUAGCACAGGUGGUGGGAGCGAGUGGAGGGGUUGUAGAAGCGCAUGGUCAGUCAAUAGUACAUCCUUAUUGAUUGAUUGACUAAUAGUCUCAUCAUAAUUCAUAAUAACUACCUACAGUGUGUUUUCGAGGCUGAUCUUCGAUAACGUUCGUAUUCUGGAGGAAGCAACACAGAGUUAAACUAAGGCCAGCAUUUACAACAUGUUUUAAGUUUUGAUCUAUAUUAUGCAUUAUGUUUUCGGGAAUGUAAAUAUGUGGCGUGAAUAUAUUCUUUAUCGUUCCCAAAAAAAAAACUAUAUGAGCGAUGUAGUAUUUUAGUACUUAUCCUACAAAUGAUUUUGAUGUUGUUCGUGAGCAAUAGGUACAUUUAAUUUAAAAUUGUUAAAUUGAAGGGAUAUGAUCUACUCAAUUGACGAGAAACAUAAAUAGUCAUUUCACUUGAGACUGUUUUACCAAAUCUUUUUGUGCUUUUACUCAAUGAUGCUGUAAUGAAAAUAUUGAAAAUGCUACAAUUUUGCAUUGUUUCAUUAUAACUAUUAUGCGGUAGUAGGUAUUAUUUUGUAUACAUAAGAAGAUA